UUUUUUUUUUUUUUUUCUGUCAAACUCCAUACAACCAUGAGCUUGCUGGAGAAUCGGAUUGGCGUUGCAGACGCAGUGCUGCUCGAGGAAGUCAAUGAGGACGCCAUGCUCCAGAACUACCACGCCCGCUUCAAGGAGGAUCAGAUCUAUACCUACAUUGGCGAUGUGCUCGUGUCCAUCAAUCCGUACCACUCGAUGAACAUUUACACGCCAGAGUUCAUCAACGAGUACCGUGGCCGAAACCUCUACGAGCUGCCUCCUCACGUCUAUGCGAUCGCCGAUGAGACGCACCGGGCAAUGAAGGAGCGCAACGCCGAUCAGUGCAUCAUCAUCACUGGCGAGUCUGGCGCUGGCAAGACUGAGGCAUCCAAGCUCAUCAUGCAGUUCAUCGCCGCCGUUUCGGGUGAUGGUGCGGAGGUCCACCGUGUCAAGAAGCAACUUCUGCAGUCCAACCCGAUUCUUGAAGCUUUCGGAAAUGCCAAGACUUUGCGCAAUGACAAUUCGUCGCGUUUUGGCAAGUACAUGGACAUUCAGUUCGACUUUAAGGGCGAUCCUGUUGGUGGCAUCAUCACCAACUACCUCCUGGAAAAGUCUCGUGUUGUCACACGCACGGAAGGCGAGCGCUCCUUCCACAUCUUCUACCAGCUUCUUUCUGGCGCUGAUCAAGCCGUUUUGAACGAACUUGCGCUCGAGCGUGAUGCCAAUGCGUACAAGUACCUCAGCUCCAGCAAGUGCCUUGUGGUGCCUACCAUCAAGGAUGACAAGGAGUUUGCAGCAACUCGCGCUGGCUUGGAAGUUUGCGGCUUCACAAAGGACGAAAUCCAGAGCAUCUGGCGCAUUCUCGCCGGCAUCUUGCACAUGGGCAACAUUGGCAUCACUGGCUCUGGCGAGAACAGCAGCGUCAGCACCAAGGACAUUGCCCAGAAGGCCGCCGACAUGUUUGGCACGGACGUUGCCAGCCUCUCGGCUGCCAUCACCUUCCGUACGGUCGAGACCCAGGGCGACUCUGUCAAGAGCCCGCUGAAUGUGGCCAAGGCCGAAUACGCUCGAGAUGCGUUCUGCAAGGCCGUGUACAGCCGCGUCUUCUCGUGGGUGGUCAGCCGCAUCAACGACAGCAUUCGCGUGACCUCUCGCGAGCGCACCACUGUCAUUGGUGUGUUGGACAUUUACGGUUUUGAGAUUUUCAAGCACAACAGCUUUGAGCAGUUCAUCAUCAACCACUGCAACGAGAAGCUCCAGCAAAUCUUUAUCGAGCUGACUCUCAAGGCCGAGCAGGAAGAGUACGUUCGUGAGGGCAUCAAGUGGACGCCUGUCACCUACUUUAACAAUGCCAUCAUUUGCGACCUGAUUGAAGCGCCUCGCACCGGCAUCCUCUCGCUCCUCGACGAAGAGUGCCUCAAGCCAGGAAACACGUCCGAUGACUCGUUCCUGCAGCUGUUGGACAAGCAGAUCGUCCGCCACGACCACUACGACAGCCGCACCAAGUCCAAGAACCGCACGAUCGACGACAAGGCAUUCCGCCUCAAGCACUACGCAGGCGACGUCGAUUACAACGUGGCCGGCUUUAUGGACAAGAACCAAGAUCUCCUGUUCAAGGACGUUCCUCGCGUUCUCUUUGCCAGCAAGAACGCCCUGCUCAAGUCGCUCUUCCCCGAAGGCGAGGCCAAGAAGGGUGUCUUGCAGCGCCCUCCCACCGCUGGUACCCAGUUCAAGCGCUCUGUUGCCGAGCUCACGACCAACCUCACCAGCAAGAGCCCGCACUACAUUCGUUGCAUCAAGCCCAACGAGGAGAAGCGCUCGCGCGUCUUUGACGAGAACCUGGUGCGUCACCAGAUUCGCUACCUCGGUCUCCUCGAGAACCUGCGUGUGCGCCGCGCCGGCUUUGCCUUCCGUCAAGACUACCCUCGCUUCUUGCAGCGCUACAAGAUGCUUUGUCCGCAGACCUGGCCGGUUUGGAAGGGCCAGGAGAAGGAAGGCGUUCGCCUCAUCCUCAACCAUCUUGGCGUCACGGGCGACAACUGUGCGUACGGCAACAGCAAGAUCUUUAUUCGCCUUCCGAGCACGCUCUUCAUGCUCGAGGACAAGCGUCGGGACGCGCAGCAUCUGAUUGCGGCCAAGAUCCAGGCUCGCUACCGCGGCUGGGUCCAGCUCCGCAUCUUCCUCAAGAUGAAGGCGUCUCAAGUCAAGAUCUCGGCGCGUGUCCGAGGCUUCCAGGCCAAGAAGGAGUACAAGCGCAUGCGCUGGGCUGCCAUCCGCAUCGCUGCCUUUGUCAAGGGCUGGAAGGCCCGUCGCGAACACCGUAAAAAGUUUAUGCGCGUCGCCGGACCCAAGGUCAUCAACUUUAUCAAGCGCGCCUUCCGCUACCGCUUCCUGAUGCGCUUGGCCAAGUCGUUGCCGAGCGCCUCGCCGAUCGCGACCGCGUGGCCCGACUCGCCCAAAACGCUCCGGCCCACCAACCUCCUGCUCAAGACCAUGUACCACACCUGGCGCUGCAGGCAGUACCGCAAAAAGCUGCCGAGCGCGCGAAAGGUCAUUCUUCAGGAGAAGCUCUGGGCGUCUGAGACGUUCAAGGGCCGGAAGGAAUCGUACCCGCAGAGCGUCCCCACCAAGUUCCUUGAGGACACGGUGGGCCUCCAGCAAGAGGCAUAUUCUCGCAAGUGGACCAAGUUUGCCGGCGCCAACAACAACCCUGCCGUGGUGUAUGCCUCGUCCGGCUUCAAGGUCGACCGCGCGAACGGUGUUGCCCGUCCAGUGAUCUUCCUCAUCACCACGUCGAGCAUUUAUGUGAUUGGUGACAAGGCAUUCGACUCGCGCUACCACGUUCUUUUCGCUGACAUCAAGGGCGUGUCGACGUCCAAGCUUGGCGACAACACUGUCAUCCUUCACAUUGCGGAAGACAAGGCCGACAAGAAUCGCAAGAAGGGCGACAUUGUUCUCGUUGUCAACAAUGCCAUCGAGACGAUUGCUCGUCUGUUCUUUGCCUUCAAGGCGCAAAACCAAGCUCUCCAAGUGAGCAUUUCCGAACCAAUCAACACUACCUUCGGAGGCCGACCCCACUCGAUCAGCUUUGCGUACUCUGCGGCUCCUGAACUGACCGAAAUUCAGUUCAAGAAGACCAAGAAUCAAUUCAAUGCCUCCAUUCCCCGUGCUCAACCUGCUGCUUAAUUGAUUUGAAAGAUGUGUUUGUUGCUUGUUUUGCUUGUGAUGGCUGUCAUUGUUUUGUGAAUGUGUGUGUGUGUACGUGCAUUGAACAAAGCCCUGUACUACAUUGAAAAUGCAUGAUUU